AUGGCAUCUACCCAGAAGGCUGCAAUCUUUCACCUGGUCAAGACAAAUAAAACUGGGUCCAAGGCACAUAGAGGGGCUGAGGUCAUCAGCUCUGUUCCCCAGCGGGGACAUGGGCACAUUUCUUCCUCAGGCCUGCGCAAUGUUGCUGUACCUCUGAGUCCUUCUUCACAGCGAAGAAAUGAAGCUGCAUUUCCCACCACUCCCCAUUCAGCAUCAGACUAUCCUCAAUCCAUGUCCCCACAGUCAGGGCCUGGCUCCUAUAUAACCUCAAUUCCACGGGGAUCUGAGACCAGACCAAGAACAGAGGCACCUCGGCAUUUUUCUCCUCAUCGAAAGAACCAAUCAAUUCAAACUCUGCCUUCCCAUGCAAGUGUGCAUCGGAAUGCUAGUCCAGUCAGAGAGGACGCAACACGAAGAAGUAGUGAGAGCAAGCCGGGGCGUGAGUGUGGCUAUCGUUCCUUGCCAACCUCAGAUGCCAAAUGUCCCCGUCACUUGAGUUUCAUAGAUGAAAACUUAGAAGAGGAUCCCCCUUCCAAGGUCCAGAAUCCUCAGGGAGUCAGAGUUCAUCGUAAGGUUUCGGUUCACCCAAAGGAUGAAGCAAUACAAACAGAGCCCACCCGUAGGACUGCUAGUGACCUCAAAUCUCCAAGGGGUCCCUGUAGCACAGAAAAUGGCAAUCGUGUCCCUGCAGACUAUCAGACAGUCCAUAGAAAGAUCCCUGGCCAAGAGGUGGAAGUUGGUCAUCACAGCUCAAUUUUGUCAGAGCCCAAAAGCAUCAAUAGAAAUAUGAAAAUGUCAUCAGCUUUCAAAGUUUCUGUCCUUAGAGAAUCAGCUGGUGGGAAUCGAGUUCCUGCCCAUUCAGAGCGGGAGUCUCCUCGCAGGGAUUCUGUUCACUCUGAGAUCAAGUCUCCCCUGAAUGUCUUAGUAGCAGAAUCAGAGUCCAAUGUGAAGUUGUUAACCCGGGACCCUGAGGUUGGACGCAAGGUCACUAUCUACCCAGCAAGACAAUCAACACAGUCAACUCAUCAUGUGACAACUCAAGCAGUAUCUGAAGUCCCCCGAAAAUCUUCCAUGUAUCCAGAACUUUCCCAAAAGACCUCCAUCCAUGCAGAAAUGGAACUGACCCCUCGGCCCCUUCCACCUCGAUCGUUACCUAGAUAUGGUCCUGACUGCUCAUGGUGGGCUUUACUGAAUCCUGAAGUUGAAAUGCCCCCAACCCGGCCAACAUCACCUGAUUUCGAACCUAACCUAAACCCUUUACAGUCCUUUCUUGAAAUGAACUCAAGCCAUUUCUUCGAGGAUCUGAUGUUCCCGAAAGAGAAGGCCGGCCUACCACCAUCACCAAAGGAGUCUUCAAGCCGGGUACCAGUGAAAGAAGUGCCACAGUCACCCAAGAACACCAGCAAACAACCCAUUCAAGGGUUCAAUGCUUUCUUCCUGGAUGUCUCUGAGGAAAUGUACAAUCGAAUCAUCUGGUGGCUAAAAGAUGAGGAGAUCAAGCAUUUCCUAGAGGACACCAGUGAUGACGCAGAACUGAGCAAGUUUGUGAAGGAUUUCGCAGGAAGCGAGCACUACCACCCAUCGGAGGCCAAGACCAGUGGCUCCAGGCCCCAAAUCUUGGAGCCAGGGCCCCAGGCCCCAGACCUCUAUGAUGAUGACCUGGAGCUCAGAUCCACCUCGUGGCCCCAUUCCUCUGACAGCCAGCAAUACUUCUGUGCCCCAGCCCCUCUCAGCCCUUCGGCCCGGCCCCGCAGCCCAUGGGGCAAGCUUGAUCCUUAUGAUUCCUCUGAGGAUGACAAGGAGUACGUGGGCUUUGCGACCCUUCCCAACCAAGUCCACCGGAAGUCUGUGAAGAAAGGCUUUGACUUUACCCUCAUGGUGGCAGGAGAAUCAGGCCUGGGGAAAUCCACGCUUGUCAAUAGUCUUUUCCUCACUGAUCUGUACCGGGAUCGGAAACUCCUUGGUGCUGAAGAGCGGAUCAUGCAAACCGUGGAGAUUACUAAGCAUGCAGUGGAUAUAGAAGAGAAGGGUGUGAGACUGCGGCUCACCAUUGUGGACACACCAGGUUUUGGGGAUGCAGUCAACAACACAGAGUGCUGGAAGCCUGUGGCAGAGUACAUUGACCAGCAAUUUGAGCAGUAUUUCCGAGACGAAAGUGGCCUGAACCGCAAGAACAUCCAAGACAACAGAGUGCACUGCUGCCUGUACUUCAUCUCGCCCUUUGGCCACGGGCUCCGGCCACUGGAUGUUGAGUUCAUGAAGGCCCUGCAUCAGCGGGUCAACAUCGUGCCUAUCUUGGCUAAGGCAGACACACUGACACCUCCCGAAGUGGACCGCAAGAAAUGCAAAAUCCGAGAGGAGAUUGAGCACUUUGGAAUCAAGAUCUAUCAGUUCCCAGAUUGUGACUCUGAUGAGGAUGAGGACUUCAAAUUACAGGACCAAGCCCUAAAGGAAAGCAUCCCAUUUGCAGUGAUUGGCAGCAACACUGUGGUAGAAGCCAGAGGACGGAGAGUUCGGGGCCGACUCUAUCCUUGGGGCAUUGUGGAAGUGGAAAACCCAGGGCACUGCGACUUUGUGAAGCUGAGGACAAUGCUGGUGCGUACACACAUGCAGGACCUGAAGGAUGUAACACGGGAGACACAUUAUGAGAACUACAGAGCACAGUGUAUCCAGAGUAUGACCCGCUUAGUGGUGAAAGAACGGAAUCGCAAGGACAGAUCCAGAAACAGAGAAGCUAAUCCGAGAGAAAGAUGAGGAG